AUGACUGGCAAACGAAAGAGGGACACAUCUGUCGUGUCGCGAACCGCCACCACCGACUCCCCCAGUCCUCCGCCUGCUGACAACGGCCAAGACAUCUUCCGCAAGUACUUCGAGGCGCAAUUCGAGCCUCUUGAUCUGCCUGCGUCGCGGACUGCGCAGGUGGCAGAAUCUGAUGAUGAAAAUGACGAAGAUAAGGAUGAAGCGUCAGCCACAGGAUCCGACUGGGAUGGGCUCUCCGAAGAAAACGAUGAAAACCCCGUCGAAGUGGUUGAGCAUAAAGAGGCCCGUUCAAAACCAGGAGAUAGAAUGGAUAAGAAAGCGCGCAAGGCUUUUAUGCUACCUUCUCUAGACGCCCCAACGACCAAGCCAACUACCACACCAAAAGAGGACGAAGAAGACGACGCCGCCGAUGCCGAGAACCUCAAACAUGAUCUUUCGCUGCAGCGAUUACUCCGAGAAUCGCAUCUCCUGGACUCCGCAUCGGAGCUGGCUCCCACGGGGAAGAAUCGACUCAAGGCAAUGGAUCUGCGCAUGCAAUCCCUCGGGGCCAAAUCAUCAUUGUAUGACCAACAACAGAAGAUGCCCUCACUGCAUCGUCGAGGUAUCAAAGCCAAGGCUGUCUCCAAGGAUGACAAGCGGCGGCGCGAGGCUAAAGAGAAUGGUAUUGUUCUGGAAAAACCUGCCCCGAAAGCCUCGAAAACAAAUUCCGGGCGAAGGGAGCGCGGAGUCGGGGGCUCUUCUCUGGGCAAAUUCUCUGGCGGUACAUUGAACCUUAGCAAGCGGGACUUGCUUUCGGUGCAGAGUAUGGGAGGACGCUCUGGGAGGGGAAGGGGAAGGGGCAGGGGUCGCCGGUGA